AUGCCCUGGCAGCCUCUUCCCCGCAUCGCGUUCGCCGUCGCGACCUACCCUUUCCCAGCUUCGAGUCCCGCCGACCUUCCCCUCGAGAUUGGCGAUGAGCUCUAUAUUAUCGAAGAGACACCAGACGGCAACUGGCUGCGCGGCUAUCUCGUAGCGCCUCCCAGUCUGCUGGCUGGUCUGACUUCCGUCAAGGGCCAGACACUUGAGGCGCGUGUCUUCAGCGGAAUUUUCCCACGAAGCUGUGUUGAGGUUCGCGAGAUGCUAGGAGAGCCCGAAGAGGGCGACGAAAACGACGAUGCAGCAAGUGAUGGCCCAGUUUUGGAUGGUGACAUGCCUCGCGCGAGUGAUAGUGCCAAGAGUGGUGUAACGAACGUUUCAGCGCGCAAGAGCCGUAAAGAUGGAAAUAGGUCAACAAUCUCGAGCAAAGGCAGAACGCCCUUCAAGGAGCUUCCCAAUGGCACUCUAGGAAGUCUAUCCAUACCCGUGCAUAGAGAUCCCAACGCUCCACGCCCUGCCGCACCCGUACCAAUGCUCAAGAUCGGAGACGAGACACCAACUUCGCUUUCGGAGCCCUUAAUAGAUGAGAUCGCCUCGUGUCUUCGAGAAUGGCAUUCCACCAAUCUCCAUGAACUCCUGCUCUCCCGACAAUAUAGCCGACUAGAUCAACUUUCUCAGCUUAUCACAGGCCUCAACUUACAUCGGCAACAGUUUUUGUAUAACGUUCUUACUGCACACGAAUACGAUCUUUUACGUGAAAGGACCGUCUGGGACUUGGUUAGGGUGAAUAAAUUAUGUGGAGGUGAAGUUAUUGUGCGAGAUCCUGAAGCCCGGGGAAGGGUCCUGACAGCCGACGAUUGUAUUGUCAAAGUCACCAAGUUGCAGUCUGUGAUGAGUCUGUUGGAUGAACCCCCACAGUCCCUUGUGGAAUUGAAUGCUCUACACCAUCUCAUGGUUGAUAUUAAGGGCUUCGCCGGUGCCUCGAUUGACGAGACCUCACUGGUUUUUUACCUCGUCAGCAAACCUCAACAUGGUCAGCCCACCACUCUUUCAGAAGGCUUUACAGUAAAAAUCCCUGCUGGGGGCACAAUCGUCAACCUGGCCAAGCAUGCACAGACGAAGACUCUUUUCACAGAUUUAUCCUCACAAGACGUGGGCGAUGUUCCUUCAGCAGAAACAGAGCUCUUCCUGGUUGUGAAAGUGUUAGCAUCUCAGCAGAUUAUACCCUCACAGCCUCUCUCGCGCUCAGGUACCGGUCCAACGGCUCCAUACUCGAGAGACCACAUGAAACCGACAUCUUCAGGCGGAAUGAAGGCAACAAGACGGAGCCUUAUGUGGGGUGGUAAGAGCUCAAGAUCUGGCAUUUCAAGAGGCUCACCUGUGGCGCGGAUGGACGCCGUUGCCGAGCAAAAUGAUGAACGACUUUCAACAAGCGGCGCCGAAAGCCGAGAAGGCACUGGACCUCCAAGUACAGCAGGCUCAAAAACCGGCAGCCCCCCAGAUGGAGUACAGAUCGCGGAUCGCACAAUCGGUCUUGGCGUUCUCCGAUUAAAUCCAGUCAUGAAGCAAGAUGACGAGGUCGAACAUCUUAUUAAUAUCUGGUCGACAUCUUCGAGGCAUGCAGGCGAAAAGGACGCAAGUGAUGAUUGGGAUCCGCUGGUCAAGGAAUUAUUGGACAGCCCUUCUGGACACUACGAAAAGUCCCGAAGGGGUGAGCGAUUGCAGCUUCAGCUCAAGAGUUUUAAUCACUCCGACGCUGACAUCCUCAUAAAAUCCACUCCCACGAUGCUCUCGGGCGUGGCAAAGACAAGCAAGAUGGGAUUCUCUGGAGCCCCCACAAGACCUCGCUCUGACAUCUACUUCACCUUAACUGACGCUGCCCUGGGAAAACAGAACCUUCUGUCUCGAUUUGGUGGUAGCGCAACGGCCAUGCCCUCUAGUGUUCAUGGAAACAACCUCCAGAUAACCCUCGAGGUUAGAAAAACCUCCGGAGAGCGGAUUGAGAACUGCAUCUUUGCCUCCUCCAAUACAGAAGCCUUGAGCACAUUCAAAUCGAUAGCUACGGAUCGAGGAGAGCCCUGGAAUCAGACACUGCGUCUUGCUCUGGCCCCUAACGAGGUCCCACAAGCUCAUGUUGUCAUGUUUGUUUCUGAUAUGCCCAACCCCCCAUUUGCCAUUGGCCACAUGCCGUUAUGGGACCAGGGAGCAUUCAUAAGGGAUGGCUUACACGGUCUGCUCCUUUAUAAGAUAGAUGAGCAUACCUCUACCGCACAACCGGGGCCGACUGGAAAGGGCGGGUAUCUGUCGCUAUCGUGGACCCCGCAAGGCAAAGAUGACCAUCCUGCGGAAGUCACUGGCCCCCUGGCUGUGCUCCGUAUCGAUACCUAUCUCUGCAGCACAAGAUUCUCACAGGACAGAGUGAUCUUAGGGCUCUUGAAGUGGCGAGAUCUUCAGCGAGAGGAGGUUCCAGGUGUGCUUAAACAACUCAUUUUUGUGCCUGAAAUCGAAGUGGUCAAGCUGCUCAGCGAUGUGCUUGAUGGUCUAUUCGGAAUCCUCGUGGAGUACUCCGGAAGUCAUGAAUUUGAGGAUCUUGUUUUCACUGCCUUGGUCAGAGUAUUAGGCAUUGUACAUGACCGAAGAUUCAAGCUAGGCCCAUUGGUUGAUCAGUAUGCUGAGAACCAGUUCAAUUACCCCUUUGCGACUCCCUGUCUCAUGCGAUCUUUUACACGACUCCUUCAAAACCCAACAGAGCCCGAGACCGCCCGAAAGCUGCGUGCUACUUUCAAGGUUGUCAGGCACAUCCUUAAGUUUAUUACACAUGCUAGAACCCAGCAGAAAGAGAAAGAAGCUGGCAUUGGUAUCACAUCCAACACCACCGGUUUUACACGCGAGCUCCGCGCCAUCUUUAAGGCUCUUGACGCGAUGAUGCGUAACUCUGCCCCUGCACUUGUUGGAACACAGACGCUCGCCGUCCAACACUUCCACACAUGGCUACCAGAACUUGCUGGGUUGCUGACCACAGAGGAAAUAUUGCAUAUUGCCAUUGACUUUAUGGACUCGUGCACGGAUGUCAGGGGCAAACUUGUUCUGUAUAAGCUUGUCCUGAUUAUCAAUUAUGGCAAACUGGACUUAUUUGCCCACCCGGACCAAAAAUUAGCCCUCAGCACCAACACUGUUCGAUGGAUCACUCCUCACUGGGGUCAUUCUGAAGAGGUGACCGACCAAUGGAGAGACCAGAUUCGUCUAUGCUGUUCUAUAUUGGCGAGCCAGAUCGACUAUCUCGGCUCAGAAAUCCCGGACCACAUUCCGAAAAUAAUCGAUUCUUACCUGGCGGUUCUUGCUGCUCCCCGCAAGCCAAAAGACCGCCUCUCUCUUCUUUUCCCGUCGUCCUACCCUUUCCCUACUAAACCUGUUAAUGAAGACCUUCAGUUCGAUGAAGCCUUGGUCGAGCUUUCUGCUAUUUUGUCCGCAAUAUCUAAUUCACCCUCAGGCAUGCAACUGGAGCUUGCCGAGGACGACUUGACUACUCUAUUAGAGAAUCUUCUUAGGGUACACAUGAGCAUACUGAAGGGGGAAGCAUAUCCCUUAGGCUGGUUGAGUGUACACAUUCAUCAUCACAAAUCGACUAUGCGAACACUUGAGUAUCUCGCUGGUACAAUGCUAGAAGCUUUCCUUCCCGACCCAGAGGAAGCAGAGAGUUUUAAUACUGAGCUAUGGAAGCUCUUCUUUACCACACUCCUUAAACUCGUGGGCAGUACGUCUCUCGCGUUAGAGACGUUCCCGGAGCAGAAGCGAAGAGCAGUGUGGAAGAUUGCGGGGGAUGUUCGAGAGCAUGGUGCUGAGCUCCUUCGCCGCACUUGGGAGGCGAUCGGUUGGGAAACUACCCCCGAUGAACGAAGCCGAUACAAUCUCUCAAAGAUGGGAGGGUACCAAGUUCAAUAUGUCCCGGCACUUGUUGGUCCUAUCGUCGAGUUGUGCCUCAGCGUGCAUGAAGGUCUUCGAAGAAUGGCAGUCGAAGUGCUGCAGACUAUGAUUGUCAGCGAAUGGACACUGAGCGAGGAUCUAUCCAUCAUUCAGACAGAGACGAUCGAUCGAUUGGAUCUGUUCUUCAAGGAGAAACCUUUGACUGAGAGCAUCCUCCAGAAACUGUUCAUAUCCGAGCUGCUUGAACGUUUUGAGCCUCUAGCAGAAAUUCCCGACGAACCGUUGUAUACAGCUCUACGUGAGUUCGUUGGAACCAUAGAUGAGUUUCUCGACCUCCUAGUUGCAGUACACAGCAGUGAAGAUCCUGGCGAAGCAACACAUCUCAUUAAUCGUUUGCGGCUCAUGGAAUUCCUUCGCGAUAUGCAAAAGGAGGAGAUCUUUGUUCGCUAUGUGCACCAGCUUGCAGACCUGCAAGCCGAAUCGCGGAACCAUACAGAAGCUGGUUUGGCCCUACGGCUGCAUGCUGAUCUGUAUGAGUGGGAUCCGGCUAGCCAGACGCCUGCUCUGCCUGACCCGGAAUUUCCGGCACAGUCUCAGUUUGAGCGAAAAGAGAGACUCUACUUCGACAUGAUCAAAUACUUUGAAGAGGGAGAGUCAUGGAGCCAUGCUUUGGCAGCAUAUAAAGAAUUACAAACGCAGUACGAGACCAACAUCUUCGAUUUCUCCAAACUGGCCAGGACUGAACGAGCAAUCGCAACGAUAUAUGAGACCAUCUCCAAAAGUGACAAACUCGUUCCUAAAUAUUUCAAGGUUGUCUACAAGGGGCUUGGAUUCCAUGCUAACCUCAGAGACAAGGAGUAUAUAUAUGAGGGAUCUCCAAGCGAACGCGCUUCCGCUUUUACAGACCGGAUGCAAGAGCAGUAUCCAGCUGCUCAAAUUGUCACUGGGGGCGAUGUUGAAGAUGUUGAAGGCCAGUUCCUGGUUAUCUCAGCUGUCACUCCUCAUCGGGACCUCAGCCAUCAAGUUUUCCAGCGCGCACGGGUGCCACAAGUAAUUCGGGAUUUUCUUUUAUCCUCUCAUCCUCAGACAUUUUCUAUCUCCACACGACGCAAUACAAAUGGCCCCGUCAAGGAGCACUCUGCGGAGAAACUGGUCUUCACAACUGCUGAUGCUUUCCCUACAAUACUUCGUCGCAGCGAAGUGGUUGACACGCAAGAAGUCAGGCUGGGCGCCCAUGAGACAGCCUUGGAGCGGAUUGUCCGCAAAACCCAAGAGAUGACUGCCCUUGAGCAUCGAGUAGCUGAUGGUAACGGGGAUCAUGCUCAACUUCUUCUCGACGCAGUCAGCGUUUCUGUCAACCCAACUUCCGAAAGUAGUGUAGCCUGUUACCGCAAAUUGCUACCAGAACCCAAAGAAGUUAACGAUGGUGCUGAAGAUGAUGAAGACCAGGAAGCGCCAGAGGCAGAGCUGACACCCCAAGACAGCGCUAUCAAGAUGGCACUUGUGGACCAUGCUAUCAUGAUCAAGAGGUGCCUUGCCAUGUUCGCCCGAAGUCCCAAUGAGAUUCUCAACAGUAGACAUGAGGAGCUUCAUAAGUUCUUUGAGAGUACAUUUGCGUCGGAAAUCGCACACUUCACGCCUCCUCAGCCCCAACGCGAAACGGUUACGACACCUUCUCCUACUUGGAGACGAUCGUCUCGUUCUUCUGAAGCUAGCCCCAAACAUAAGAAUAUUGGGGUUUCGGUGAACGGCGUUACCACAGAGGAAGCGUCAGUCAUUAGGCCCGUCUCAAAACGAGGCACACGACUCAGUUUCCUUGGUGGCAGCAAGAAGAAGGAACCCGAAUUGCCAACUGAGCCUGAAGAGUCUGCUGUUGAUAUUGAAACAGCGAGCAACCUGAGCCGUUCUUUGAGUCGAAGUCAGAGCAAAGAACACAACCGUCGGCAUAGUUUUUUCCGCACUCAAUCCCAUGACGAGAAGCAUCCUGAGUCUCCAGGAGGGUUUAGCAGCCGAGGGAGUUUCGACCAGCAAUUCGGUGGCGGCAACGAAAAGGCUGUCGAGAACAAGAUCCCUAGCAAGAAGGGCAGUGUCCGCAAGAGAUUCAGCAUGCUCAAGCUUGGCCGCAAGGGCAGUAAAGGCAAUGGCAUGAUGGGAAGUCUGGACGAGGAGUAG